AUGGCAUCUUCAGGCCCGCGUGCCCUGUCCAAUCGCGAAGAGGAUCGGCUGAUGAAGCAGGUCAAAGCGGAUGGGCUCAAAAAGUGUGAUGACUAUGUGAAAGCCUUCGCAGCCUGCGCAGAGGGCCGUACCGUAUCCACCGCUUGGGCGUGUCGUGGUCAACUCAAGGAGAUGCAGAGUUGCCUGGCCCAGUACACAUCACCGGACGCCGUAGACGCAGCAAGAAGACAGUGGCUCAAGGAGAACCGGCCAGAGGGGGGAGCAUGA